AUGGAUUCAUUCAUCAACCAAUUUCCUAAAGUUGAGCUCCACACACAUUUGAAUGGUUGUAUCAGAGAGGAAACUUUGAAAAAAUGGCACAAAAAUCCAAAUAUUACAACAACAAUUGACAAAAUUUUGUCACCAACGUCAACAAGCGAGGAGUCACUUUCGAAUUGUUUUGUUGUAUUUGAUUUGAUUUACGAAGCUACAACAACACUUGAUCGUAUUAAACAGCUGACCACGGAAGUUUUAGAGGACUACGAUAACGAUAAUGCGAUUAUUGUCGAAAUACGCACAACACCACGUGCGCUUGAAAAUUUGUCGCAAAGAGAUUACGUGAAUUCGGUUGUCUUUGCGAUAAAAAAAUAUCUAAACAACAGAACUAAACAAACGCCAUUUUACCCAUACCUUCUUCUUUCAAUCAAUCGUUCGCGUCUUUCAUCGGCACACGAAACAAUUUUAUUAGCUGAAGAGUUUAAAAAGACCACACCGUUUGUAAAAGGCAUCGAACUCAGUGGAAACCCUUUCAAAGGUAAUUGGCAAGAAAUUUGCGAAUUAAUGAAUGAUGCUAAAAAACGCGGUUUAGGUGUCACAAUGCACAUUGGUGAAAAAGUUGACGACGAUGAAGCAAAACAUCUCUUGUCGUGUGGGCCAAGUCGUGUUGGGCAUGGUGUGUUUCUUUCCAAAGAGAACGUUGAUCUGAUGAAUCAAUUUGGGAUGGCUUGUGAAGUGUGUUUAACUUCUAACAUUGUCUCAAAAAGUAUAACUGAAUAUAGCAAACACCCAAGAAUGUCUGGAGAAUUUACUGGGACUAAACUGAUCUGUUGUGAUGAUAGAGGAAUAUUUAGAACGUCUCUUGAUAAAGAAGUCACACAUGCAGUAAAAGCGUAUUGUAAAAACGAUGUUGACAGUAAAAAGUUUGUGAGAGGGUUGUGUCUUAAUGGGAUUAAGGAGUCAUAUUUGGACGACGAUGUCAAACUCUCGUUGACAAGGUAUGUCGAGAGUCUGCCUGACUUUGGUUAA